GUACCGUCGCCAAUAUUCUCCAUUUCCUCUGUUCCUCCGUUCCCUGUCUCCGAGCACGUUCCGAAGGAUAUGAGUGGUCAGGCAGCGGAAAACGGGUCGAUCUCGGAGCCAGCUAAGGUUGCAGCAGCGGAGAGCAAACCGAAGAAGAGGAUCUGCUGUGCCUGUCCCGACACGAAAAAGCUGAGAGAUGAGUGCAUAGUGGAGCAUGGUGAAGCAGCUUGUACGAAAUGGAUCGAGGCUCAUCGAAUGUGUCUUCGUGCCGAGGGGUUCAAUGUUUGAGAGGCUUGAUUAGGGAUUAUACCAGUUUUGAUGGAUCCAAAGUAACUAUUAGUGACAGUGAUCCUUGAUUCUACACAGUCGAGAAAAUGGUUUUGUCUUGACCCACAUACAGGCUUGCAGAAUUUCAUUUCUUGGCAUAUAAGAAAACAGGGGAUUGAUUUCCUGACAAAAUUACAUUGGGACAAUGACAUUUGGAUACAAAAUCUUGUUUGUUUUAUGUUUUGAGAGAUUUGAUCAGAGAUUGUACAAGUUUUGAUGGAUCCAAAAGUAACAAAAGGGAUAGUGAUUCUUGAUUCUUGA